AUGAAUGAUUCGAAAAACGUUCGAAUUCUAAUAAAUGCCGACCAAGCGUGUUCGGCGAUGAAUACGAAUGUUUCAUUUGUGGAGAAAUAUCAAGAGUGAGUUUUGAUCAAGGAGGAAGUGUGUAUGGAAAAAGAAAAGAAAAAAGCAGAGGGUUAAUCUACAUAGAUGUACAUUUUUGAGUGAGUACAUUAUUUUUAGACGCAUUGUUUAUAUGAAACUAGACAAUUUUUGGGGCGUGAGAAAUUUUUUGAACCUCAAAAGUAAACGGAUACAGUAUCCCAAAAUGUUUUGGUUGUUUUCCAAACUUCCAAAUUUCAAAUCCAAUAAAAAUAGUCGAUCUUUCAACUCUUGAAGUGCAUCAAAUUCGAAUUCAACACCAAAAAAAAUAUUUUUUUUCUCGAUGGAAGAAAAAUUUGUUGGAAUUUGUUUACUAUGCCAAAUAAUUGUUUUGGAUUGUGAAAAAUCACGGGAAAAUUGGAAGAAGCUUGUUUUUAUGCUUGCUAGAAAAUGUUAGAUUACAGUACUUUGAAGGGACUUGAGAGAAUCUAAAUUUUGAAAACUGAACUCAUAGACUACUGUAGUUCUAGAUUUGAGAUCAAAUUAAAUACAAAUGUUUCACUAUAAUAUUAGAUCAAUAUAUUCAAUGAAAUAUUUAUUGAUAUUUUUAUGUUUCAAAAUUUUUAAAAAAAAAUCUUAAUUUUCAGCACACACUGUAUGGCAAACUUCGAUCGUUCGUUAUGUUGGUUACCAGUUAUCAAAGGAGAGACUGUUCAAACGGAUUGUCCCUUCAGCUACUGCUCUUCAAGACCAGGAUGUGAAAAUGUUCAGCGUAAGUUCUUUCACUUUAAAAAUCAAAAAUCCUUGCUUGUCUAUUUGUCAACACGUGUAUUUUCGAAAAAAUGAGAAAAAAAACAUGAGGAUUACUGUGACAAUUAAUUAGAAUCACACGAGUGCAAAAGGAAGAGAAUAGUUCACCAAACAAAAUAUCGAGAAAAUUAAUUGGGUCUCUUGGUCGGUGGAAGAUGAAAUCAUCUUAUUGGAAUUCUAGGAAUUAUGAAAAAAACGAAGAAAAAUGAGAAAAGAUUGGUUGUUUUUUGAUCUUGGAGAAAUGAACUAAUGAAGUACUGUAGAGUUGUGUUUUUUUUUUUCGAUCUUGAAACAGCUUUCACAGAAACUGAAUAUCAAAAUUCAUAGCAUCCAACAAUUUUUUGACAAAAAAAAAUUGACCUGGUCGAGUAGAAGGUAGCAGGUGGUGUCAAUCUCAUAUCCAGAAUCUGAAAUGAAGGUCGGGUAGAAGGUAGUAGGUGGUGUCAAUCUCACAUCCAGAAUCUGAAUUUUCGAUAUACCAGAAGUAGAAAACACAAUCUUGAAGCAGAUAUGGCAUAGAAGAUUUAUGAUCUGAAAUAUUUGAUUUUGAAGAUUGAAUUGCCUUUUUCACUUUUCAAUACGUUUUUCUUUACACAAAAGUACAUCCUAAAAUUCCCCAGAAAACUUUCAUUUUUAAAAUUGUUGCAACUUACAAUCGUAAUCCCAGCCAUUUUCUUUCACAAAAAGUUCAAAUUCCAAGAGCAAUUACUCAUUUUUUGUUUUUUCUUUGUUUCUGUGUGAAACCAACAAAAAAAAUAGAAAAGAAAAACCACUAAUCAUUUCUAAUCCACGCCUUCAGUGUUCGGUUUAAAAAUGCAUUCCAUUCAUUUAUCAGUUUCUCUUUUCCUGUGCUUUCGAAAGAAAGGAUUUUUCUUUGAAGGAAAACCAAACUACAUACACUCAUUUCGUGUUGGGAGUAGGGUAAAGUCACUCAUCCUGAGAAAAAGGCCAGGAAAAAAAGGAGAAUUUUUGAAAGUAUGCAUCAUAAUCCCAUGAGACAAACAUUUCAAUCUUAUUUUCUUUCGCCAACCAACGACAAUAAGAAAUCAGAAAACACAGGUGGAUCAAAAAAUCGUGACAGACUACACAUACUCAUUGAUGUCUGGGAUAAAUAAUUGACCGUAAGAAGUUCAAAAAGCUUCCGGUUCUCUUGUUUGGUUGAAAAGCGUGAAAUGAGGCAUGAAGAAAGAAAUCAGGUUGGAGCAACAAGCAGCUAUUUUUGGAGGGUGGAGAGAAGAAUGUAUUUUUGAUUCCUGGAAUUUUUUUUGGGAUGAUGUGAAUGGGGAAGAGAAGCUUUAGAGCAAUAGGACCGUGAAAUAUUGAUUUUUAAAAUGUUCUAACCAGGCCUGUGCCGGAAAAUUUUCGGAUUUAAAAAACCAGAAAAUCUGGGAAAAUGUUUGAAGUCUUCAAGUUUUAAAUUUCAGCACAGAAUCACACUUGGCUAGAGAGUGUCCUAAAAUUUUUGUGCAGCGUGAAAUUUUUUUCAGAAUAAAAAUUGUGAAUUUUUUUGAAUAUUUUCAUCAAAAUUCGCUGAAAAUCAAUAAACACUUCACUUUUUCGUGAAAAAAUGUGCAGUGAAAUGAAAAAAAUUUUGAAAAUUUUUAUUAGCUUCCCGCCAGAAUCGAAAUUUUGGUUUGGGCGGGAAUUUUUAUUUGAAAAUUUUUGUACAGUAUCCUUUUUGGACACGUCUCGUCAGGCAUGAAUUUGCCCAUUUAGAGAUGAUUAAGUAAGAUUUUUUCAGUUCAAAAAAUCAAAAUUUAAAAAAAAAAUUCAGAUUUUUUGUCAGUCUCUGAAAAAAGUCUCUAAAAAUGGGCAAUCUUGAAGAAAUUACUAAUAAAAAUCCCUUUCUCCUGUGAAAUAACCCGGAAAAUUCGGGAAAAUUCCGGCACGGGCCUGGUUUUUAAUUAAGAGUACCCAAAACGUUUUCAUUCUAAAGUUCAGUCUGAUGUAAUUUUUGACUAUGGAAUUGGAAAAAAGUUAUUUUGUUAAUUAAAAAUUAAAAAAUUAAAGUCAAAAUCACUCCCUGAUUCCCACAAAAUCCAAUUUUUCCAGAAGAAUAUCACAUUUUCAAAACAUGCAACGACAACGGUACCUGGGGAAGCACCGACUAUGAGCAAUGUCGAGUGUUGGCUAGUAAACACUCUGAAUGCAUUGUCGCAUUUUGUAAUACGGUAAGUUGAUCUAAAUUUCCCUCAGACGUUUCCUGUUAAUUUCCGAAACAAACACGGAACCUUUUUUUUGGGUUCUAAAAAUAGCUUGAAAUGUUUUUUCAGUGUCCAAACCUUGAACGAGAAGUGAUUAUAUCGGUCACUCUAACAUUAUCGAUUGUUUCGGUGAUAUUAUUGAUUGCGGCGAUUGUGUUAUUUUCAAUAUUUGAUUCAAUUCAAUGUCGAAGGUUAUCAAUACACAAACAUUUGGCAUUGGCUUUCGUUUUUCGAUUUUCUGCUCUAGCUAUCUGGACAAUUGUGCAAAUGACCAACUUUUUCAAUGAUUGUACUAUGAUGAAGCCUGCAAAAAUUGAGAGUCUGGUGAGUUGCGAAGAAAUUCAGAUUUUUCAAAAAAUAAUUUUCCAGGAAUGGGUAUGCAAAGUAAUAAUUUGGUGUGUGAUGUACUUCCAAGUGGCUUCAUUCAUCUGGAUGUUAAUCGAAGGUGCAUUUCUCUACAGUCGAUUCACGGUUAUGGCGAUGCGACAUAGCGAUGCACCGUGGUGGUUUUAUUUGGCGUGCGGCUGGGGUAUCCCAUUGGUGUCGGUCACACUUUGGACGAUUAUUCAUUCGAAUAAUCCGGAGACUGGUUAUUGUUGGAUUCCGUAUUCGCAAGGAUCGGACAUGUGGAUUUUGGCUGGUACUAUGGGAAUUGCUAUGAUUGUGAGUGUUGGGGAGGAAGGAUGGGACAUUAGGAAAAUUCGGAUUUUUUUGAAUGUGGAAUGAGAAUUUUACUGGUUUUGUUAACCUAAAAAGUUCUGAAAUGAUUUCUGUGGUUUUCAUUUUUCUUUAUUUUUAAAAUCAAGGUUUUUGUGAAUUUCUUCUAGAACAUAAUCUCAAGUCUUGAAAAAUAUUUCCCAACUUCCAACCAAUAUCUAAUAAAAAUGAACUCCGAACUUUCAAAAUUUCGACCACCUUUUUGUUUUGCUAGAACAUCAGUCACUUUUUGACAAAUCUCUAUCCACCUGGGAGCCGCAAUGUUCUUUUUCAGAUGAACUUGAUCUUUCUGCUUGCAAUCGUCGUCAUUCUUGUUCAAAAACUUCGAACGGAAAACUCUGCGGAAUCCAAGAAAAUUUGGUAAAUACACAUAUAUCACUUGAGAGAGAUAUUGAAAACAUAUGUUUGAACUUGUUGUUGAAUAAAAAAAAAUUCCAGGCGAACAAUCAAGGCAACACUUUUGCUUGUUCCAUUGUUGGGUAUUUCGAAUAUGCCACUUUUCUACGAACCACAGUUUCCAACAUUCCAAUAUUUGAUGACGUCAACGGUUUUACAGCAUAGUCAGGGAAUUUUCAUUUCGGUUUUGUAUUGUUUUUUGAACAGUGAGAUUCAAGGUGCUGUGAAAAGACAAUUGAGCAAGGUUCCGAUUGAAUUUUUCAAGUAAGAUUAACUAUACCAUCUUGAGAAUCAUCUAUCAAAAAUUUAGGCCUAGAACUCGUUUCGAAACUGAGAGGACUUAUGUGCCGGAAGCUCGAAACGGACCAUCAAAAAAUGGAGUUCCCAUGGAAGAACUAAAUGGCACAAAACUGAAGCCAGAGGAAAACGGGCAGGUAUGUUAUGUUAAAUCCCUCCACCCCUAGGGGGGAUUUUUUUCUCAAUUCAAUAGAGAGGGCUCAGGAGGAUUUGGACGACACAAAAAGCCAAACUUGGAUUACUGUAGGUUAUUGGAAUUCGCACGAUUCAUCUACCUUUUUCCAUGAAAACACUCAUUAUUAUUUUUUUCUUGUGUUAUGUAAUCCGCUUAAUCUCGGUCAACUAGAAUGUAGAUUAGAAAAGAAGGGUUGAGAAAAGAUAAAAGGUUAUAUAUUCCUAGAAGUACGUGAAAAAGGCGGAUCUAGUGUGAAUUGUUUUGGACACUAGAUAAUGAAGAUUAAUUGAGUGCUGUCUUGUGGGUUCUUUGGAGCCUAGAAACAUGACAUUUAAAGUUCAUAGUGAGUCAGGAUUUUUCUCCAAUAUUUGUUUUCCUUCGAGCAAUUCUGAUCUACAAAAAAAGCACAGCCCGUUUCAAUAUCACUUGCAAGCUUCAGUCUUCCCUUACCCCACUUUUCACCCUUUCAAUCAAAACCUCCAAAUUUUUCCAGAUCACCACCAAUGGCACCAAUCAAAUAUACUCGGUAA